CUGAUAACCAAAGCACUGAGUUAUUCACAAAAAUAUUAGGCCAUGACUGACAAAGACAUUAAAAAAGAAUAAUAAUAGGAAAUAUAUAUAUUUCCCAAAAAUUUUAAAAUCAUCCUCGUACACAGCUCUUUUGCGUAUUCCAAAAUAAUUCUAAAUGUUUGUCAAUAUCCUUUUUUAUCACUCGCAUGCUUUAUACCGAGUGAUGAAUAUAAAGGUAAUUAAUAAUUAGCAAGGUGUUUUUGCCCGCAGGCACUUGUGAAUCAGAAGGUCAAGGAGUAAUAUAUUUAGAAAGACAGACAAUUGCUCCAAAAAUAAUUUCGCUUUAAGGUGGUUUUCCUUAUUCAAUUCCCUCGCGAUGGUCCUCCAAACCCGUCACUGGUCCACCCAGUAAGAAUUUGUCUCCCCUAUCAAAAUCGUAGCCAGAUUGAAGAUAAGGAAGGCAGCUUCAUUUGUGGUAAUUGUAAAGUUUUACUUCAGUGUAUGGGUUACCGGCGUCAAGGUUAGUUUCAAAAUAUUAAGCCGAAAAAAUUCAAAAACCACGCGAUUUUUUUUUGUACGUGUGAACUGGGUAAACAGUAAAAAAAUUAUUUUUCUGUUAGUGAUACAGUGAUAGUAGUGAUAGCAGUGGUGUUGAUCUGACCUUAUAUUAAAGAAUGGCCUAGUAAUACUAUAUUCAACGCUAAAAUAUUUUUGAAGAAUAUUGCAGGGUUGCCAAACAAUUAAUUUAUUUGUGAAAUGAAGGAAUUAUGAAGACCCCAAAUAAAAUUAUGAUAAUUUAGAUGAUCAACGAAAUUUUGUGUUCAUUUAACACCUUCAACUAUGUAUUGGUAGUCAUAGUGUUCCUUGUCUUCGGCUAUCGCCCGCCUUGGUGGAGCAGAAAAGCCGUAGAUUGGUUACGAAAAGAAGUCCAAGACAUUCCAGGACCCCUAACGUUGCCAGUCCUGGGUACUAGAUGGGUAUUUUCUUGCGGCGGAUACAGUUUUAACAAGAUCCACGAAUUUUAUGUGGACAUGCACGAAAAAUACGGACCCAUAGUAAAGGAGGAGGCUCUGUUCAACAUUCCGGUGAUAAGCGUUUUUGAAAAAGAGGAUAUCGAGAAGGUGAUGAAGAGUAGCGGGAAGUAUCCUAUUAGGCCGCCUACAGAGGCUAUAGCUGUUUAUAGGAAGAGUCGACCGGACAGGUACACCAGUACGGGCCUGGUCAACGAACAAGGUUUAGUUUGGCACCACCUAAGAACGUCCUUGACCUCAGACUUGACCAGCCCCAAAACAAUAUCUGGAUUUCUUCCGCAAGUGGACGAAAUAGCGGAAGAUUGGUGCUGUUUAUUAAGACAACAACGUUUGGGAGACGGUACCAUUUUAGACUUAGAGGAUGUAGCAGGAAGACUUGGAUUGGAGACAUCCUGCGCGUUGGUAUUGGGACGUAGGUUGGGAUUUUUGCUACCUGGAGGCGAAUCGGAGUUAGCAAGGAAGUUGGCCGAUGCUAUACAUAAGAAUUUCAUCGCUAUAAGAGAUACGUAUUUUGGUUUGCCAAUUUGGAAAUUUCUUCAAACGACAGCUUACAAAAACUUAGCAGAAAGCGAAGACACAAUAUACAAAUUGGCUCUAGAGUUGAUACAAACUGCCGAUGAGGCGACACAAGAAAGUGCCAUUUUUCAAUCCGUUCUAAAGGCUGAUAUAGAUGACAAAGAAAAGACUGCUGCAAUCGUAGAUUUUAUCGCUGCUGGUAUUCACACUUUGAAAAACAGCCUGGUUUUCUUGCUGUACCUCGUAGCGAAACAUCCAGAAUCUCAACAGAAAAUCCUCGAAGACGAAUCGAAAUCGUACCUGAAAGCCUGCAUCAUGGAAACCUUCCGUAUCCUUCCGACAGCCAACUGCUUAGCCAGAGUAACAGAAGAAGACUUAGAACUUUCCGGAUACAAAGUGAACGCGGGCAGCGUGCUGAUAUGUCAGACGGGCGUAGCUUGCAAAAACGAAAAAUAUUUCGCCAACGCGAACGAAUUCAGGCCAGAGCGGUGGCUGGACGACGAAAAACAUUCGACGGCCGGUAACGCUACGUUUUUGGUGACCCCAUUCGGCGUUGGCAGGAGGAUUUGUCCGGGAAAGAGGUUCAUCGAGCACGUCUUGCCGAUUAUUUUAGAAAGCACCGUUCGAAAUUUCGAGAUAGAGGUGGUCAAGCCGAUGGAGUUACAGUUCGAAUUUCUGCUGUCUCCUAAAGGACCGACCUCUAUGAUUUUUAGAGAUAGGGGAUAAAUUUUUUAGUUAAUAUAAGUAUCUAGGAGAAAUGUAGAAUUUAUUAGGCAAUCGAAUAGAUUUUGCUGUUUAAGGCUGAAAGGUAGAAUCCUGAUAAUCGGAACAUGAACUGAAAAUAUUUAUAAUGUAUUAUUCUGUCAAGUAAGACGGCGUAUUGGUGCCACAUAAAGAAUAUUUUAAGGAAUAUCAACAUUAUGAAAAGUCAAAAUUUUAAGAAAAUAAGUCCAAAUUUUUAAAAAAUAAAGUCCAAAUUUUGAUAAAAACGGAGGAAGUGAACAAAAGGACUACGUAACGUUACCUACAAUCAUAUCAGAUCUUUGAGAAAGAAAAAGCCAAAAUCGUGGGAAAAAGUAAAUCUUUUGAGAAAGAGUAAAUAUUGAGAAAAUAAAGGCAAAAUUUUGAAAAGGGAAAGUUAACAUUUUGAAAAAGUAAAAUCAACAUUUUUAAGAAACAAUUAAAAAUAGGUUAGAGAUCUUUGAGAAAGAAAGUCGACACUUUGAGAUCGUUCGUUUUCAGUUUUCCUAAUUUACAAAAGAAAUUAUUUUUCUCAAAAUAUUGACUUAAAUUUGACUUUUUUAACAUUGCCUUUUUUUCUUAAGUAGGGGAAGGAGGGGUAAAGUGAAAUGGCUUAUCUUUUAAGUUGAAUAAAUUAGCCAUUUAUCGAAGCAGAAUAGUAUAAAAAAACUAUGUGUGUCUUAUUUUCACUUUGCCCCCUAUGGUGGGGUAAAUUGAAAUGGAAAGUAGGGUAAUAUGACAAGGUAGAAAUAAUUUACAAUUGAUAUAAAAAACAAAAUAUAUUGAAACAAAUACAAAAUAUAUUUAAAAAUUAAAAAAUAUAAUUAGGAAAAUGUAAUUAUCCCAUGACGAAAAGAAUAAAAAUGUGUCAGAACGCUUAAAAUCUCACUUUCUAAUAUGAUACUAUCAUCAGGUAGAUCUGGAAAGACAAAUGAGUCUUGGUCAUUACGAUAGUUUUGCAUAUAGAUUAUAUCAUAAGCAACUUCACCAUUAAUUUUUUCCAAGAACUGCCCUUUAAUUUUUCCAACAAAUUUCUUUAUAGUUCUCUUUGUGAUUUCUAUUAGGGUUACCAAUACAAAAUCUUCUGGAUCGAUAUCCUUGUGUAUCAAAGUAAAUUCAUUUUCUUUGUCUUUGUCUAACGCUGUUAUGUCUUUGGCAUCUAUGGACAUGGAUUCUUCAGAGUCAGAAUCCUGACAGUAGUUUGUGAGCUCUUCCGUAGAACUCUCCGAAUUUGUAGAUAUUUUCCUAGACUUUCUUGAUUUUUUGGAUCUAUUCUUAGCAUUAUGUUCUUCACACAACUUUCGUUUAACACUUUUUACUGCUUUUGAAGUUGGUUUGUCCAACUUCUCUUUUAGCUCUAGUAGGUAUGGGGAUGAUGUGAUAAUUGCAGUUUUACCACGUCUACGUUUUCCGGCCUUUUUCAAAUUAGGCACUACUAUAGGCAACGGAAGAAUAUCACUUGGAGACAUGAUUUCCUUUAAAGGUGGUGUUUUUUGUAAAGCUUUGCUUGCGGUAUAAAAUGAGUGACAAUAAAUUGUUAAAUUAGUAGCAGUCGUCGUGGUUGUAUGCUUGUCUUUAACACUUGUUGGAUUUUCUAAAUAAGGGUCCACAUUUUUUUUGAGGCAUUUGAAUCCUUGAAGUGGAAGGAUUCACAGUUAAUCGCCUUUGGUUAAAGAGGUAAUGCUGUUGUUAAACCAUCAUCUGGGGUUGGGUCAAAGGUAUUUUGUCGUUCUGUUAAUCGUGAAGGUUUAAAAUCAAUGUCCACAAAUUUGAUAUUAUCAUAAGGAAAAAUACCAGUUGAUUUGAAACCACUUUCAGCAUUGGGGAGGUUUGCUGCUCUGGCUUAGACUUUGCCAAAUAUUUGGCCUACAUCUUGUAACUCAACCAGUUUAUUCGGUUUGUUUCUCUGCCAGGUCCUAACCUCUUGAGAGUAAUAAUUAUUUAAUAGAUACAUGAAAUUGACCAUCAAGCGGUUGAAGCUUGUGUGAUGUAUGAGGUGGAAUUACUAAGAUAUGCCCAGACAGCACACCAAAUCCUUUGGAUAUCUACUGAACAUCCCAAUAUCCACUGAAUGUCCAGUCCAUGGUGGAUAUCUAUUUUAUAUCCAUGAAAUGUAAUUUAUAGACAUGCAAAUGUCCAUAAAUAAUUGUAAUUAUAUAGCAAAUUAUUAAAAAAUUACGCCAUUGUACUCGCCAUUGUGGCUAAUAGUACCGUUGAGAUAUUUAAAAUUAAUUUUUUUUAAGGUGUAUUCAAUAUCCCAUGGACAUCCACUAUAAAUAUAAAUAUAUCAAAGUCUAAGCGCGGACGCAAACCAUCGUGGAUAUCUACUAGAUGUAAUUUUUGAUUUUGCUUCCUAAGUAUAGAUGGCGAUACCACUUUCGUAUCUACUCAUGCUUAACCCGCCGUAAUUGAGUUUGAUCGACAUUGUUUCAGAAACAGACUUCAUUAGAGACUGAAGUCGAGAAGUUCCAUUUAUUGCUGAAGAUUCCUAAUAAGGAUGAUUUUCUCCUUAGUAGGCAAAAUCAAAGGCAGAAAAGGCAGAUUGUUGGGAAUAUUUUUUACCUCUAUUUUCUUUCGACGUUAUUCAAUAACCAUUGGUUAUUUAUGAACCUCUACUAAAAAUAAUUAUAAAAUAUUUAUCUGAAUUUCUAUAUCCUGGGAUAUAGACGGACAUUUGGUUAUUUGGUUGGAUAUCCACAAAAUAUAUUCUAUGGAUAUAUCUGGGAUUUCUUGUAUUGUCUGGAUAUAUCUGGGAUUUCUUGUAUUGUCUGGAUAUAUCUGGGAUUUCUUGUAUUGUCUGGAGAUACUCAUUAGAUAUUUUGCUGAAUAUCCAUAGGAUAUCUUCUAUAUUCUGGAUAUAGACGGACAUUUGGAUAUCCAUAUUAGUUCCACGGAAUAUUUCUGAUAUCCUGUGGAUAUAUUGGAUAUCCACAAAAUAUAUUCUGUGGAUAUCUCUGGGAUUUGGUGUGUUGUCUGGGUGGACAUGUUGUGCUCUGGCUUUCUCUAUUAAAACUAAAUUUUGACAUGUGUUAAAUGUCCAUCUAAUAUUAGGAGGACCGAAUCAUUUUCAGUAGGAUGUCUAUGUUUUAUAAAGUGAGAAAACCAAAUAUCACUAAAAAUUUCCGUUUGCAUCCAUCCAGAUUUAUGAAAGUAAACGGUACAUCCUGGGGGCGAGUUUAUUUCAUAAAUGGUUUCUUCGCUUGCGAGGAAUAAUAAGCAGGGGUGGAACAUAGUGACCUGAAGCACUAAUGCAAAUUUCAGCAGUAAUAAGAAUUCCUCUCUCGCCAGACGUAUAAUGUCCCACUUGUUUCUUACAUUUGAAGGAUAUAAUUUUGGUUGGCUUAUUUGGUACCGUGGUUAUACCUGUUUAGUAAAUUCGAUUGGCAGAAAAAGCAUAGCACCAACAGAAACUUUAUUAAAGCCAGAACCUCUGGCUGCUGAUGUAUUUUCUGGUGUUCUUAAUGCUAAUUGAUGAUGCCUUCUUAAAAAAAGAGAUAACCAAUCUUUACCGGCCAAACAGGUCCUCUUUAUUAAAAUUAUUAGGAAUUUUAUUAAUAUCUGCGUAUUGAAAUGCUGAUCUUCGCAGUUCUAAAUACGACAGACCAAAAAAUAACUUGUCCAUAGCAAUCAGGUGUUCCACUAGAGCUGUAUACGGUUUUAAAUUUGCCGAGCUUCUUUUUGGAGGCCUCUUCUUCAUUCUUUCCACUUUUUAUCCUCCGAUGCAAGGAAGCCACAGGAAUUCCGUAUUCUUUAGCCUUAUUUUGGCUGACGAGACCAGUCCGUACCGCUCGAGGUUUUCAUUAAAAUUUUUGUCGUAAGGACCCAUAAGAGUUAUUAGUAAUUUUAACCACAGCAAUUAGGGUAAUAAAAAUUGCCGAUUUCAUGCCUCUGAAGACCACUGUUGCUGGGUCGUUUUUCGGGUGUAGGUUCUCAUAUCGAAUCUGCAAAGAUAUUUAUUUUUAUUAUUCAUAAGAAAUAGAUAACAUGUAGAGUAAAGUGAAAUGAUAUUUCACUUUACCACAUGUACUAACAUUUCAUUUUGCCCCAUCGAAGCUGAAAAUAUAACUUUUUAUGAUUACACGUUAUAACAUAACCUAAUAAAUUGAUUUAACGAGUAAAAUAAAGCUAAAUAUUAAUGUUUCUCUAUGUACACUUCGACAAAAUGUUUGAUAAGUAAUGAUAGAAAUACUAGCAAUUGCACUCACCUGCAGAUUUAACAAAACUAGACGUAAAAACAAACAAAUAUUGCUCUUAAAAAAAACUAUGUAUCGACAAGUGUUGUUCCUAGGGAUUUUGGAAUUGUACAACUUCUAAUGUCAAAAUUGUACACUUUUACGUUCGAUUGUAUAGCCACUAAUUAAUAUUUCUCUUUUUUAUUGAUAGCAUAUGGCCUACUACUUCCCUAUGCUUAAAAUUAUUCUUUUUUCUAGUUAAAAAAAAAAUGUUUUCUAUGUAAAACGGUUUACUGAUUGGUCGCGAAUGGAGCCUAAUUUAAACAUUAUUGUUUUAUUAAUUUUAAUGCAUACGAUUUAACGAAUCGUAGACUUUUUGAGCAAAAGAAAGCCUUAUAUUCCAGAUUUUACAUAAAUAUUUAGCAACUUCAAAUUGUACAUUUCUACCUUUUUCAAAAGCGCGUACAACUACAUGAUUGUACAACUUGUUGUACAAUUGUACAACCAGGAACAACACUGCACGACUAUCAAGCGUCAACUAACCAUAACCCGGACACACGCUGCGUUUACUGGAGGCCUUAAUAUCCCAUUAUUUCGCUUUGCCCCACCAUUCCAUUUUGCCCCUCCUUACCCUACUGUAUAUUUUUCAAAAUUAAGUUAUUUUCACAAAAUUUUGACCUUAUUCGUCAAAAUUCUGAAGUUUUUAAAAUUAUUAUUUUAUACUUUGAGGAACCAAUACGCUGUCGUAGUGAUGGCAAAGAAAUUUUCCUUAAAUUUCAUAUAUUAUUCAUUGUAAAUUUUUGACUCAUUCCAAAUCGAAUAUAGAAACCAAACAAAUUUGUUCCACAAAAUAAAAAAUCAACGAAAUGCCUAAAAAAAUAUAUCUUAGAAGUAUAUUUUCAACGAAAAUGUAUGUAGGUAAUAAUUUAUAGUAAAUUUUAAAACAAAAUAUUUUUAAACAAGUAAUAAGUUAUAAAAAUAAAUACAUAACUAGUUAUACAAUCUAAUUUGCUAAUUGUAUAACUAAAUCAAAUUUCGUCUAUUAAUUAUACAUUUUAUAAUCUGUUGUGUACGUUUUUUAAAUUUAUUUUAAUGUCAAAUAGUUUAUUUUAAAAAUAUUUUGUUACUUAAUGACCUGUAGUGAUUUACAGGAUAUAUUGGUGAUAAUUCUUCCAAUCGACUGUAUUUAUAGAUUUAAUUUUUCUAUGUGAUAGUAUAGAUCAGUAGAAAUGUAGAUGAAAGUACAAAAUAUAGUUACAUUCGUGGGUUUUGCAGGCUGUGUAUAGUCGGAAUGUAUUUUUCGUACAAACUAUUAUUUUAGUUUACUACAA